AUGACUCACGCACAAACUCUCGAACUCAGAGAGCUGCGAGCCUCGAUGGCUCGGACAGUAGCUGAAAUACGCGCCAUGAAAUCCCAAGUGCACAACGCGACAAGCGCCGCGCCCAAAAUCGACUUAAUGCUUGAAAAAACUCAGAGAACCCCGUUCACUGUAAGAAUCACGGAGGCCAGGAUUCCCGAGCCGGGAAAGGUGAGAAUCCCGUUCUACGAAGGAACAACCGACCCGAAAGCACACAUCACAGCGUUUCGGAUAGCAAUGGGACGAGCCUUCACAAAGAAAGCCGCUAAACUCACCGAGCGCGAGGUAGACGCCGGAUACUGCCUGCUCUUCGUGGAGCAUCUCAAGGGAGCCGCACUCGAGUGGUUUUCGAGGCAGGAACGAAAUUCAAUCGAAGGGAUAAGCGACAAGGCUGCGCUCGAAGCUCUGAAACGAUCUUUGUGGUACAAAUCCGAGUUCCGACGGGAGAUGGCUCUCAACACGCCGCAAACAAUUCAAGACGCUUUGCACCGAUCAUCAGACUUCGUCGUAAACGAGGAGGAAUUGAAAAACUUGGACGAACAGUACGAAGCAACGAAAGCAGCAAUCCGAAGCUCAAUUUUGCCGCGCCCCGCGAAGAAGGGUAACCCAUCGAGCAACGCAUCAACGCAGAGCUCGGAUGAACCUAGAAGCGGAGGCGCCCAUUACUACCAGAUAGGCACCGGGCACGGAAGAGGAGAGCCGCGCAACAACACUUGGGUGAGAAAGUCCGCCAACUACGACGAGAAGGCUUUCUGCGAGUAUCACCAGACCUACGGGCAUUCAACGGCUCAAUGCCGAACUUUAGGAGCAAAGCUCGCAGCAAAGAUGGCAGCAGGAGAGCUCCAAACCGCAGUCAGCCUCAAAGACCUCGUUCCUAACGAACAAAAGGAGAUAGCCCAGCCGAGCGGCGCGGCGGAAUCCGCGAAUCCUCCCCGACGAGGCGUUAACCCCAAACGCGACAGGAGAGGCAAACCUGAAGAGCGACCCGAGCCGAGGAAAGGAUAG